AUGCCCACGGAGUACGAGAGCAAGCUCAAGACAAUUUUUACAGGCAUGCAGCGGCUAACAGCUACCGACGCACAGUCUUCUUCAGUCAAAGAUUCUGGCAAGCGCCGGCUGGGCUUCAGCAUGUAUGAGUCCCUCUGCUCCAAAUCGUUGGCAGCUGUGGACAGCGGCUUCGUUCACUUGUUUCUUGUGAUUUCAUGGAACUUGAUGGCACGCUCCAAGUCAACGGAGACCAUUCAAUUGGACCACAUUUCGUUCGAAGAAGAUGCCGUGGGAAUCACAUACUUCAAGUCCAAAACAGACCAAGCAGGGACAAAGAGGCGCGAUCCCAGGCACGUUUACGCCAACCCGUCGUCUCCUGCCCUUUGUGCUUUUCUUGCGUUUGGGAAUUACUUUGCGUGCAACCCCACCUUGACCAGCGGAGCUCUAUUUCCUGGGGCCAGGCAGCGCGAUCGUUUUGGCAAGGCGUUGAAGACGUUGGUGCUUUCUGUCUUUGGUGACAACGCCGAAGGUGCAGUUGGAACACAUUCGAUCCGGAAGGGUGCAGCAACGUUCGUGUGCUCCGGCAGCACGAGUGGACCAUCAGUCAUCAGCGUGUGCCUUCGCUGCGGGUGGUCUCUUGGCAACGUUGUCGAGAGGUACAUGCACUACGAGAAGGCCGGCGAUCAGUUCGUUGGCCGUGUCGUAGCAGGACUACCCCUUAACAGCGCUGGAUAUGCGCAACUGCCGCCCCAUUUUAUCAGCAUUCGACGACGCAAUCGUCGCCAGCGCCGUCCGAUGCAUGUUUCCUGGUCUUUCGAAGAGCAUCGCGAUUUUUGGAGUCCUGAAACUCAGUUUGGCCUCACUUGUGCAUCAUUCCGACUACCUGCGCAGUAA